UCCGUCGGCCUCGUUCGUUAGUUCAUCGGCAGAACAGAGACACUUGAGGCUCGUUAACGUUUCAUUUCAUUCAUGAACGCUCAGCGAUACCCAAUCAGUCUGUGUUCCGCACUGUCUCGGCGCAAUUUUUCCAAUUUGCCUCGAUGUCGCAGAGAGAAAUGCGCGCCUUAUGGAGCGGCCGUGACGCUGCGCUGACGCUCCUCCGCCAGCAUUGAGGGAGCGGGGAAAAGGGGAGGGUGAGAGCAAGCGAAAGAGAAACGCGAGUGGACUCUGUAUUCAAGGUGAAGAUCAAUCCUGCGGCACGGGCGAUCAAAAUUACACCCGGCAAAGGACGCUGACGAAAAGAAAAAAACGCACGGAAAAUGGAGGUUCCGCGCAUGGGACACAGCAUUAGCAGCCCCACGAGUCCGUGUGAAGACAUGAUCAAGAAUUUGAGUUUGGAGGCGAUUCAGCUGUGUGACAGAGAGGAGAACAAGUCCCAGGACAGCGGGAUUGCUGAGAUGGAAGAGCUUCCGGUGCCUCAGCAUAUCAAAAUCAGCAACAUCACAUGCGACUCUUUCAAGAUCUGCUGGGACAUGGACGCCCGGGCCAAAGAGAGAAUCACACACUACUUCAUCGAUCUGAACAAGAAAGAGAACAAGAACUCCAACAAGUUUAAACACAAGGACGUGCCCACUAAACUGGUGGCCAAGGCGGUGCCGCUGCCCAUGACGGUGCGUGGCCACUGGUUCCUCAGCCCGCGGACAGAGUACACCGUGGCUGUGCAGACUGCGUCCAAGCAGAGCGAUGGCGACUACGCCGUGUCCGAGUGGAGCGAGAUCAUCGAGUUCUGCACGGCCGACUACUCAUCAGUGCAUCUCACGCAACUGUUGGAAAAGGCGGAGGCCAUCGCUGGCAGGAUGCUGAGAUUUUCUGUCUUUUACCGCAACCAGCACAAAGAGUACUUCGACCACGUGAGAGAGGCCCAGGACAACCGGAUGCUUCCAGCCGUGAAGGACAACAGCGGUAGCCACGGAUCGCCCAUCAGCGGCAAGCUGCACGGCAUCUUCUUCAGCUGCAACACCGAGUUCAACACGGGCAAGCCGGCGCAGGACUCGCCGUACGGCCGCUACCGCUUCGAGGUGUCCGCCGAGGAGCUCUUCAACCCCAAGACCAAUCUCUACUUCGGGGACUUCUACUGCAUGUACACAGCGUACCACUACGUCAUCCUCGUCAUCGCGCCGGAGGGCUCCGACGGCGACGACUUCUGCAAGCAGCGGCUGCCGGCGCUCGACCUCGCCGACAACCGCUUCCUGACGUGCACCGAGGGCGAGGACGGACGGCUGGCCUUCCACCACGCGCAGGACGUCAUCCUGGAGAUCGUCUACACCGAGCCUGUGGACGUGGCGCAGGGCCAUUUGGCUGAAAUCAGCGGCCACCAGCUCAUGAGCAUGUCCACCGUCAACGCCAAGAAGGACCCCAGCUGCAAGACCUGCAACAUCAGCGUGGGACGCUAAACCCUAACAAACACACACACACACACACACUCCCCAACUGAGACUCUGACGCACUCCAACUCUAUCCUACCUAUCUAUCUUUCUCUUCUGUUACCUAACCUUGCACCCAUUACUGUGGGCCUCAAAACACACACCCCUCCAAAAUCCAAACCACACACCCCAGUGACCCUACCGUCACCCUUUUGUGCCUCUUAACCCAGAGGAGGAGUUAUAUAGUUACUCUACAUAACGCCACAUAAAAUAGUCUCCAUUGUCUAGGUGUAGGUUACUAUCUAUGCUGAUCAUUGGAGUGGGUUGCUGAAAAAGCCCUCCGAUUCCCUCAAUAUCAACCUACUUCUCUUCACACCAAAAAAGCACUACAGUGUAGAAACAUAUCAGUCAGUGGCCCAGUUGGAGAAGCUGUUGCCAAGGAGGACCCUAGCAGUCAUAGUCCAAAUCAGCACGGGACACAGUCACCGGCGGCCGCUGUACAGCGUCUGUUUUGCACCAUGUCUCCAGAUGUAAUAUGAAUUAAUUAACGUCAGACACUGAUACAUGAGUACCCAUUGCUCCCUCUGUUCCCCUGACUUCCAGACCUCCCCUUCUUUGCCAUAGUCUCCCUCCAUGGUCUAACCAUUUAACACCACACUCAAGAAUGCUUUAACUGGCAUGCAUUCACAGCUCUUUACCAAAUGCUAUCGUUUCUUCUGACUGACCAGCUUGAUUCUGUCUCCUCUGUCUGUUUCCCUCUCUUAAGGUGAGACAAGGUAGUGUCUUUGGUCCUAUUUUUCUAUCUGCGUCAGCAGGUCAUUUAUGAAGUCCCUGCCAAUCGAAGAAUGACUACUAAUGUUGACCCUAAAUCUCUAACUGGCCGUAACGCUUACAAUAACUUUCAAUACCCCUGUCCAUCCACUCCCUGUUUGGAGCACAGGAUUGUAAAGGUGUUGCCAAAGGUUAAAAACAACCAUAGAAAACGGGGGAAAAAAAUUGACAUGAAGACAAAACACCGUUCAAACUGCUGUAGAUGAGCAAAGGUAUCCGAUUCUACCAGGCAUUUAAAACUUUUGUUAACAUUUGUGCUGUCUAGUCAUUAACAAAAGACUAAUUGCUGGAUAACGUGUUUAAAAAAGCAUGAUAGGUUUGUACCUGCAGCAUGAAAAUUAAAUCUUGAGAAACGUUUUUUAACAUGUGCACAUCCACAUUAUUUGUCGUUCAUCAGUUGUUUUCAUGUUAUUUAUUCUAACUGGCAGAAGCCAUGCAGUGUACUGUGUUCUAAAACAAAAAUAGACACGAGAAGAAGAUAAUAAAUACAAAAAUAUUUAUUUUUUAACUGUAUAGAAAAUAGAAGCAAACCAGAAGUGCACAAUACCAAAACAAAAAAAAAAGCUUUCACAUUGGAACGGAAAAUAAAUAAAUGUGUAUAUAUUAACAAAUUCAGAAACAACGUGCACUAAAAGCUAACAUUCAGCUUAGUUUUUCUGUUGUCACAGAGGAUGUGUACACACAAAUCCAGUCUGGGACGAAAAUACCACACAUACAUAUAAAUACAUAUAUAUUUCCAUAUCUGAUUGUAGCACAAGUCAACAGUUUUACGUUGGUUGGCAUGCAAAAAAAUACGAAAAUGAGAUUGUAACAGUUGGCAGCAGUGGAGCCUGUUGAAGAAAGGAAUUGUAGGGUGUGGAAUUUCAGAAGGAAAAAGUUACUUGAGCAGAAUUGCACUUAACAGUGUUGGAGCAGCGAUCACCAUAGAUACAACUCAUAUGGUAAGAGAAUCAAAAGAAUCCUUAUACACAUAGGGAUAGUACUUGCAGAGGAGGUUUUGUUUAAUAUGCAGUAAAUUACGUUGGUUUUUGUUGCAUUUAUUGUUUGUGCACUUUCACAAACUUGACAGACCAAAUUUCUCUGUGUUUAGUAUAGUGCUUUUCUAUCACAGAGGGAGUUAACGUUUCCAUACAUGCCUACUGUAUUUUCCUGUCUCUCCUUUUAUUGUUUUGCCAUUGCAAGUUUGCAAGGUUAAUGACAGCAGAACUUAGCACUUAUACCGAGUCCUUGUCGCGUCUUAGCUGCAUAGUAUUCUGUAAUUGGUCAUUAUCUCAAUAUAAACUCAGUUUAACAUCAUAUUAUGAACUGAAUUUCACAGUAUAUUCUAUAUCUCUUGUAUGUAUGCACUUAGCAUCUUAGCACUGAUAAAAUCCCUCAAUUUACCUACAACGCUAGCUUUUGUUUUUGCAUAACAUCAGUCAUUCAUUUAUAUGAUAUCUGAAUAUCUAUGACAAAAAUACUACAAUUCUGUUCAGAUCAGCAAUGUCAUUGCCAUUGAUACUUCCCACCAUGGCAUAUAGGUACUGUAUUAGGAAAGAAUACCUUGAAUUGGUCAAUAAUUACAAAACUUCCUUAUACAAUCGCAAGUCCUGUGGAAAAAUUGCAUAUGGUUUGGCUUUGGUUUAAAAUCCAGAUCUGAAGUAAAGUGCCAUAUUGUUCGAGAUGGAGGUAACUUAUUUUUUGUUUUAUUUUUGUAAAAGAAACAUUUUAAUGUCUGACAGUUUCCACUGUGUCUUGGAUAAAUUUGGUCUUAGACCUUGAUGAGAUAUUUAGUGUCACUUCAGAACAUACGACAUAGAACAGUUCUGUAAGUUGCAUCUUUGUCUAUGCCCUCGGAAGGCCUGUUCAUCUCAAAUAAAACCCCUAAUUUCUGGUACUGUGUCAAGUUCACCAAUAAAAUAAAAUAUGUACAAUAAAGUGCAUUGAAGUGUCAUAAUGGCACAAACAUGUCAAAUACAAACAGAAGAACAAAAAAAUAUUUUGGUCCAACCACUGAGUUCAUUCAAUUUGUACGUAUAAAAAGAGAAAGAGAGAGGCAGGGGAAAAAAGAGAGGAGAGAGAAAUUCCCUCACACUGUCUUUGUGGUUUCCUGUUUGCUGAGCAGAACCUCCAGCAAGCGCAGCUUGGCUUUGAGGGUCUUGUACUCCUGGUACUCCUCAGCCAAAGGAAUGCGGUCCUCUUUCUGCGGCGUCCUAUUAUAAAGACACAUAAACAAACAUACUUAAACGCAUACAUGUACAUGAAACUAAUUUACAACUAACAAAACAGAGAGAUCACAAACCAUAGGAAAGGAGAUCAAAACUGUAAGAAAAUGCGAUGUAACCCCUGUGUUGCCUUACUACUGAGCUAGUUUUGUACAUGUAAUGAAUAGUUGAGGAAUGGAAAAAAAAUAAAAAAAUAUUCUUAUGUUGUUGUUUAUCAAUGCGUCUGCAGACAUGUUGAUGUAUAGUCAUUAGCGUUUAUCUUUCUUCAUGGCUUCCUCCUUUUUCCUGAUCUGUUUCUUUUGUGUACCGCUGAGUAGCCAUGCAAUCGAGCAAAAUAGACUUUUGUUUGUUUCUUAAUUUGUUUUUCUUUUUGUUUUAUGGUGGAUCUUUGUCUUGACUGUUUGUUCUCUUUUUCCUCCUGUUCAUGUUUGUUUGUUUGUUUUGAAAAGCCAAAAGUUAACAUAUACUGCUCAUUAAAAGAUGUGUUUAAACCCAAA